AGCCAUAUUGACUAGGGCCAGGCUGAGCCAGAGGACAUCAGCAUUAGGGGCAACAAGGGGUCAGGGGAACCAGACUGGCAGGAAACCAGGAUGCUUGCAGAAUCCCUGAUUCAGGUUUAGGAGAACAAAAGCCUAUAACAGAAGACCCCCUCCUGGCUAAGGAGGACUGAAGACCAGGCUCGGACAGAAAUCUGGGUCAGAGUGAGUUUAGGGUAGAGGAUGCUGGGGGCAGAGAGGGGUGCAUCCACUCUUUGGUGACUGUUCCUUUUUCUCCCAGGUCCCCUCCUUUCUGAAGUGCCUUGUAAAACAGUCCAGAGGAACCUUCAUGGGUCCUAUGGGCUGUGCCUUCCUCCCUGGCCCAUUCAGAUAAUUGCUGCCACCCCCAGGCUCCCAGAGGCAGCUCGGAUUCUCCAUCCCUAUACAUCCCUCAUCAAAUGGCCAACUGCAAAGAAGAGAGAAGCCAAGCUUAGAUCCCACCUCCUGCCUGAACACCCAGAGAGCCUGGUGCUGCUGGGCUGGGUGUCUCCUACGCUGCAACCAGAGAUACCAGUCCUGGCUGCCAGGUCUCUAAUCUCUGGUCUUGCCGCCUCAGUCCUUUCCGGUUUCAAGGCGAUGUUGCCUCAAAACAAGGACCAAGGGCUGCUACAGAAAGCAGUGCCCCCUGGGCAUCCCCCUCAGGGCCCCUCACAACUUGUGGACUCCCUUCCUCAGAACCUUCAGCCUCUGCCUCCACAGAAAUCGCUCCCUCUUGCCCCUCCACCUUGCUCCCCUCCGCCACAGUCCCACUCUCCUGGCUCCCAUUCCUCCUCUUCUGACUCAAAUUCUGACUUCGUCCUACAACCCUACUCUUCCUCUCUCCCAAGUUCCCCUGCUUUCUUUCAUCAGAAUUGCCCGUCUCUCUCCCUUCCACGUUCCUCCUCUCCCUCCUGCCAUCUAUACCCCUCUCCGCCCCCUACUCAGUCCUCUAAUCCCUCUCAGCCACAGAACUCCUCUCUCCCACACUGCCAGUCUCCUUUCCACUCCGAAGACCUACCUAGCUCCACGCUCACUUCCCACAGCCUCAGCCUACCUUGUCCUGGGGUCCACCCCAAUAGGCAGACAUGGCACUGGCAUCAGCACCAGGACACCAGAUCCCCUGGGGUGGCGGAGGGAUGCGUGGCAAGCGAAAGGGACGCUGCAGAGUUCAGGAACCCAGGAGCCCUGGCCCAGGCCCUGGUGGUGCAGCUGGGGUACCGUCGCAUCGCACACGACCUUCGGUUACUCAUUUUGCAGAGCCUGUGGCUAGGCAGAACCGACCAGCCUCCGGUUGUGGAGUACCCUAUAUGCCUGGUGUGUCUCCGGCCCCGCAGUCCCUCUUGCCCCACCCCCAGGUACAGGACUGGACCUCGGCUGCUUGCCUUCCCCCAGCUACUGCCCUGUGCACCAGACCAGGAAUCGAAACCACUCCGCAUAGGCAUCGGCUUUGCUCUCCGCCUGCCUCAAGGCCAGGCCAGGACUUUGCAUCUGUUGCCAGAAAGAAGACGGGAGGAAGCAGGACCUCAGGGCGAGGCCAUGCAGGCCCCUGGGUAUCAAACCCACGCAUUUCAGGCCCCAGCAGCUCAGGCCUGGGCAGAUUCAGCCUCAGGCAAACCCUCCCCGACCGGGAGCCUCAGGUCUGCAGGCCCUCCAUCACCAAAUUCCACUCGAUGUUCAGGGCCUCCGCGUCAGGCACUCAAACAGGCCGCAGUCUCCCUGAAGCCCGGGCUUUCGUCGGCUCCAAGGCCUGCCUCUCCAGAGCCUAUUCUCCAAAAGUCGCCAUCCUAUUUCCAGAGCCACGGAGGCUCGCUGGAGCACCUCUUCUAA